AUGAGUUGCUCGAGACCAGUCCCAGAGAAGCGUACAAAAUAUGUCCCUCGCGCGAUGCUCGUUGGAAAGCCGCUCGUCCCAAAGACAGCACUCCCAAACUCUCCUAGCGAAACUUUGGCUCGCUCAGUCAACAAGUCUUCGUAUGCCAUUGGCGCGGUUGCCCGAACAAUUUGUCCACAGAAGUUUGUAUUAGAUCAAACAUCAAGGGAGAAUGUACUGUUCACAUCGAGAGCGCAGCAAGGAAUUGACGCACACCAAGAACUCCUUAAGAAACCUGUCAGACAGGAGCAUGAAUAUCAACAUCUCAAGCCAUCUACUGAUGAGGAAGAGGCGGCUUUCCUGUUUGCAUAUCUACCCCAGCGCGUCAAUAACCUCGUCAAGGACAAUAAAGUGGGAGAAUUUCCAGUCUUUGGAUAUCUUUUCGACAGACCGUUCUCAGGUGCUGUUGAUGAGAUUCGACUCGACAGGGGCACACCUAAUCCAACCGUCAUCGUCAACGAGUUGAAGACGACUGUGAAAGCUAAUAUCGGGGACUGGUCAAGGGCAGGCGCGGAGAUGCAAGCAACUCUGUACCUCUAUUUUCUACGGCAGAUGAUGGACAAGAGCCAGCCAUUCGACUUUGACACUUAUUUUUUGGCUCGCGGUCUCAAACCCAAGCGUCCAUUUAGCUCAGAGUACGCAAUCGAUCUGCUUGAGAAGAUGAUUCCUGCUAUGCGUCGGCCUACGAGCUCUAUUGAUCCAAGACCAAUCGAUCUACGUGACCUCGGGAGAAGAUGGAAUCACUACAUUCAAACCUUACCAAAAUUUACGUUCCCUGAUUAUACCUUGUUGACUGUUGUACGCUUGCACGAAAUUUCCAAAGUUCCAGGCUUUGGCAAGUUCGGUCAUGCGGAGACGACCAAGACGCCAUACAGUAUCGAGAAGGUCAUGAAUGGUAUCAAACCUCUCAUCGACAUUUUAGAUGGACACAAGGGUAUGCAUGGUCCUCCAACCGAGCUUCGUGGAUUAUGUAAUACAUGUGGACAUAAAAAGUCGUGUCUAGUCAGGCCAAAAUCGCCCCCAGGGCAUGCUCGUGCGAUCAAGGUCUUGCGGCCAAAUCCAGUCGCCCCGAAUAAGCCAGACAAAGCCACAACUGCGGCAGCAAAUGUGUAUAAGUACUGGGCGGAAACGUUCACGGCCCCGAGACAACCAAAGUCGUCCAAAGUCGCCAAAGCGGAUGCAAAGCCGAAACGGGCCCACGUAGAGGACCCUAGUUGGGACCGGAAGCUACAACAAAUACACUCUGCUAACCAGCGACGGAUUCUUCGACAGCAGCUCAAGUCGCGAGAGGAGGCCGUUCGGAACUCCAAAGACUCAGACAUGUUCACGGGCGUCGUUCCAUAUUCCGCGCCAAAGUCAACAGAUCUGGUAAAGGUAGCCCCCCUUAGCCCCAGUAAUAAGCGCAGCCGUUUGAGACGGCGACGAGGGGUAACGCCAUUGAGCUUAGCACGACUAGUUCCGCGGCAGCCCGUCAUUCCAAAAUAUGUCGAGGAUACAUGGAAGUACGAGUUUCCGACAAAUUCGAACCUAAUGGCUCAACUAGAGCCAUCCAAUAUAUUGGUGACCCCAGCGGAUGCUGGCCAGCCGACUGAUGCUGAUCGUGAGGCUGAAGAACGCGAGGCGCGACGGGCGAAACGGCGACGAGAACGUGCAGAAAAUCAAGCAGAUGUACCAUAG